GUAAAAAAAAAAAAAAAAAAAAUGUCCUGGUUUAGGUCGGUGGUGUAUAAAGCAGUAGAAGCGGGAGCGGGAGGAAAAUCAAACUUAACACGCAAAGUCCGCAACUAUGCCGACACCGUCGUUCAAGCCGGCAAUGCCGUGGCGGAGGGCGCCAAGAUCAUCCAGCACCGUAUUGGGUCUGGGAACUCGAAGAAUUUUAGGCUUACUGUCAAAAGAUUGGAUGAAGUUUCUGUGUCUUGUAGAGGGGAUGAAAGAGUUCAAUUAUUGAGAAGGUGGUUGGUUGAACUUAAAGAGAUUGAGAGAAUAUCUGCAGCUUAUCCUGAGAACAAUGACAAGCUUCCCGACGAACAAAUUAUCCCUGAAGACUCCAAGGAUUCUCCCAGAAAGGCCACUGUGGUUUAUUAUGUUGACUCUGAGCUUGGGACAAUGACUUUUCAUGAUACCUUCCUUCACAGUCAAGCUCUUGAAGGCAUAACAUUAUCUGUGAUUCUUGAAGCGCCAAAUGAAGAAGAAGUUACAAUACUUCUGGAGAUAUUUGGGCUCUGCCUUACAGGAGAAAAGGAAGUUCAUAAAGCAGUUAUGAGCAAAAUACUCGAUUUGGCAUCAACUUUCUCUAGUUAUGAGGAUGAAGUAUUGGUAAAGCGAGAAGAAUUGCUCCAGUAUGCUCAAGCUGCAAUUUCAGGAUUGAAAAUAAAUGCUGAAAAUGCAAGAAUAGAUGCUGAAGCUUGCAAUCUGAUGGAAAAACUAGAUAAAAUGAAGCCAGUCCAUCAGUCUCCGAAUGUAGCUAGAGAAAAAUCACCAGAAGAAACAACUGCUGUAACAAAAAAGGCUCUUGAAGAGGCACUUGGACAAAUUGAACUGUGUUCAGCUUUGGAGUCACUUUUACUGAAGAAGAAAUCUUUGAGAAAUGGAGAUUCUCCGGAUUUGCAUGCUGAAAAGAUACAUAAAUUGAAAAUUUUAUCAGAGUCUCUUCUCAAUUCUACGGCAAAAGCUGAAAGACGUAUUCUAGAUCACAGGUCUCAGAAAGAAGAAACACUGAACUAUCAUGCAGUUAAAUCCAGCGAAGUUAGCCAGCUCGAGAAGGAUUUGGAAGUGGAAAUUGAACAACUUGAGAAUGAAAGAGAUGAACUUGAAGCUGCAUUAAAAAAGGUCAAUGAUUCAUUGACUACAUGUCGAGCAAGGCUUCGCAAUGCUAGGGAAGAACGAGAACAAUUUGAUGAAGCCAGUGAUCAAAUUUUAGUACAUCUUAAAGCCAGGGAAGAAGAGCUCUCGAAGUCGAUUUCUUUAUGUAGAAGAGAAGCAGAUGUUGUUAGUACAUGGAUAAAUUUUUUGGAAGAAACUUGGGCAAUACACACUACAAGUAUUGAGCAAAAGGAGAAGCAGGUCAAUGCUGAGUUGGAGAAAUAUGGAGAAUAUUUAACAAAUUUGGUUGUUCAGCUUUUUACAUUUUGCAAGGAACAGUUGGAGCCUUUCCUCAUCCGUCUUAGAGGACUUGUGGGGGUAUUGCGGUCAUUUCAAGGGUCAGAGAUAGUACCGAUUAUAAAGGAUGAUGAGACAAAAGCAAUAAAUGAAAGGAGAAAUCUUGAGAAUGAGUUCUUGGAUUGGGAAGCCAAGUUUCUAACUAUCUUAAGCAUGGUUGAAGGAGUGAAAAGGCAUUAUUACUAUGGAACUAAAGGCAUUAGCAGGAAAGACGAUGAAAGGAUCAAAGAUCUAGUUGAUGCACUUGAAAAGGUGAGAGAAGAAUUUGAGUCCAUUGAAAGACCAUUUCUGCAAGUUGAACAUCCAAUACACAUAUCAAAGUCGCCAUUAAGUUCCCCUCACGGUCAAUCUCCUAGGUACAAACAGAUGAGUCUAGCAAAAAAACACACCAAGAAAACAAAAUCAUCCUUAGUUAAUGGAAAUCAGGCACCUGCAUUAGUGGAAUUGGAACACCUAGAAUCUGAAUUUGAAGAAGAUGACACAGGCUAUUUAGAUGAGCUUGGAGAAUGGGAAUUUGAUCAACUUGAAAAGGAGGUCAAAGUAAUCAACUGACCAUCAACUGAUGGUUAUGACAGGAAAAUGUAAAGAAAAAUGAUAUUGUAUCGAUCAUGGUGAUUAUGAUUCGAACGGUUAACGGUUAAAGGUAAACUACUUAAACAUCUUAUAUAUAAGAAAUAGAGUAUGUUGGUUAUCUAUAUUUUCACUUUCUAACAAUGUUGUGCUUUGACAAGCCUAGAUGAACAAGGGCUUUCCUUUUUGAGUAGGAAACAAGUGUUAUUAUAUACAAAUGUAUAAAUUCGCAUCUUUGACAAUGUAAUGUAGAUACCUCUGUACAAAUGUAUCGUUUCCAAUGUCAAAGUAUGAUUCUUUUGCUUUUGUUUUUCCAUGUA